AUGAAUAAAGAAAACAAUAAAAAUGCUGCAGGACUUAGACGCUCAGCUAUGGCUGAAAGGAUACGCCUACGAGAGGAAUGGUCAGAAUUAAAAGGACCAUGUAAUGAAUCUGACAAACAUAAAAAUGUUUUGGUUAAAAAGCCACAAAAUGUUAUGACAAACAAUAGAAAUUCCUCAAAUACAUAUAGUAUGCGGAGUAAGAAUGUUUCAGAGUCACCAAUAAAUGAAAUUCUUCGAGGGAUUGUAAUACUAGUAGAUGUGGGGUCAGAGAGUCGAGCAUUGGCCCUUAGAGCUGCUUUGGUGGCUCUCGGUGCAUCUGUUAUGCCAGCUUGGAGUCCCCUUGUCACUCACCUUGUUUGGAGUGAAGGGGGAUGCACGAAAACGCGUGCGAGGGCUAGAGCGCUGGCAUGUCGACUGGUGUCUCCAAUUUGGGUGGAAUCCUGUGCAGCAUCAGGGAGACGGCUGCCAGAAAGACUGUUCCCGGCAGUCUCAAGACCGUCGGAUCUGCCAUCUCCGGCAACUUUGAAGAAAAUGCUGAAAAGGAUGGAUCAAGAGAACAUACCAUUGAAUUUAUUGUCAGAGAGCCAAGAAGCACGAGACAAGCGUCCGCGGCUCAGGAUCUCAAGUGAGACGGACAACACGACCGACACGACUAACGACACAUCGCACGACACAUCUCACGACAAGUCGGAAGAUGCAGAUAUAGAAAGGAACGUGAACACAGCCCCUCGCAGGGCGUUACCCAUGUCACUGUCUCCGCCGCGACAGAAGAAGUCCAGAAGGAAAUUGUUCACCCACAAGGAAGCACAAACUGCGUCUAGUGGGAAUGAAACAGAUAAAGAAACACCUCCGCCUAAACAAAAAACGGUAAAACACAUAACACGAGACGGCAAGAGAGAGCUGGUGCGCGCGGAACGCCUCGCGCGGCGACUGCUCGGUACGCCCAAGCAAAAACCUGAUGUGAAAAAUAAUAAAGCACCAAGAAUUGUGCUGACAGGAAUGUCUAAAAAGGAACGACACGACAUAUGGCACGCAGUACAAAAAUUAAACGGCGUCGUUCAAAGCCACGUAAAUAAAAAGACGACCCACAUAAUCAUGGGCUCGUGUAGAGAACCUGAAAUACCUUCUACAAUAAACAAACAGACAGGCAAACAGAAAACUCCACCAAAUUGUAUAGUUAUGUGUCAAAAAUGUAAUAGUCCAGAGAGAAUACUUACUCAAAUGUUCGCAAAUAAUGUCACUGUUACAAAUAAAGUAAAGGAAAUAAAUAAAAAUACAAUUUGUAAUUGCAAUAUAUCAGGAGUUAAUGUGUUGAGUCAAAAUGAAACGUUAUCUGGACAGGGGACUGAGGCUUCACACAAUAUUACGCCAAAUAAGAGAAAUAAGACAAACCAGGGUAAAAGAAAUGAUAAUCAAAAUGAUAACAUUGAGAAUACACAAUAUGGCCAGAGGAUUGAUAAUUCCCAAAGUCUUAUUACCCCAAGUAAGAGAAAUAACCAAGGGAAUAGAAUUGAUUAUCUAAAUUUUAACGCCCAGAGGAUUGAUAAUUCACAAAGUAUUUUUACUAAUGUAAAUACAAAUAACGUUCAAGAUGGACAUAUUAUUGGAGUAAAUGAGGAACAGAGGAAUGAUAAUUCACAAAAUAUUAUUACCACAGAUGAUAGAAAUUUUAAGCCAAGGACUGUUAACGCUUUAUUGGGAGCGGUGAGAGGAUGUAGAGUUUUAUAUGCACAAUGGGUAAUUGAUUCGGUAAAAGCUAACUCUUGGAUACACCAUUUGGGUUAUGAAGUACCACAUUUGUUGAAGAUUUCACAGAAAGCUCGAAUAGAACGGUUAGCUCUAAACAAGAUGUCUUCAGAUUAUGUUUACGACGUUUUCAACGGAAUGCGAGUGAGGGUUUCCGAAAAUGCAGAACAAAAAGACGCCGUCAAACAAUUGCUAACACUCUGUGGCGCGGUCAUCGAUAAUGGCGAGAAUGUACAACAAAAUGGUGGAUUGGAGCAACAAAAUGGCGGAUUGGAACAACAAAAUAGCGGCUUAACUUUGCAAAAGCGCGGAAAAUCGCAGAAAAAGAAACAAACGUCAAAAAGCACGAGAACGCAAAAUGGCGGGACACAAGCAACACAAAAUGGCGGACAACCAAUGUUUGACAUAACAAUUGGGCGGGAAAUUGGAGAAGUCAGCUCGAAGUGGGUUUUCGACAGCAUAGCUGCUGCCAGAAUGCGGACAGCGAGACGGUACUUAAAUAAUAUUUCUAUA